CUCCCAUGGCGGUGACACUGGGACUGAGGAUGGAAGAGAUGAUCUUUAACCUGGCAGACACACACCUGUUCUUCAACGACUUAGAGGAGUGUGAUCAGGUCCAUAUUGAUGAUGUGUCGUCAGAUGACAACGGACAGGACCUGAGUACUUACAGUUUUGCAACUGAUGGCUUCCAUGCAGCGGCGACCAGCGCGAGUCUGUGCCUGGCGACAGGCGUCCGCGGAGGGGUGGACUGGAUGAGGAAACUAGCCUUCCGCUACAGAAGAGUCAAAGAGAUGUAUAGCACAUACAAAAACAAUGUGGGGGGCCUGUUGGGCCCUGCUAAGAGGGAUGCGUGGUUACAACUGAGAGCUGAAGUAGAGGCUUUAACAGACUCCUGGCUCACCAACGCACUCAAGUCCCUGUCAAUCAUCAGCUCCAGGAGUAACUGUGUAAAUGUGUUGGUAACAACAACCCAGCUGAUACCAGCAGUGGCUAAAGUUCUGUUGUAUAGUUUAGGAUCUGCCUUCCCUAUUGAGAACAUAUACAGUGCAACCAAAAUAGGCAAAGAGAGCUGUUUUGAGAGAAUAGUCUCCCGCUUCGGCAAUAACAUUACCUACGUUGUGGUUGGCGACGGGCGGGACGAGGAGCAUGCAGCCAGCCAGCACAACAUGCCAUUCUGGAGGAUAUCCAGUCACUCUGACCUGCUGGCGUUACACCAAGCACUGGAGUUUGAAUACCUGUAACUGUUACCGUAGCAACAGACUGUUACUGUAACUGUUACCGUAGUAACGGACUGUUACUGCAACUGUUACUAGAGCACGGAAUGUUACUGUAACUGUUACUAUAGCAACAGACUGUAAUUGUAGCAACGGACUGUUUCUGUAACUGUUCUGUAACUAUAGCAACAGACGGAACACACCAGUACUACUACUACUGCUACCACCUGUAAUGGUUACCAUGGCGAUGGCAACGGGAGACAGACUGUAGUCCCCUCCCCCCGGCCUUCUUGUUUUUGUAUAUCUAUUUAAGAAAACAACCACAGUACACUGCAACUUUUUGUUUUGUCUUCAUUUCUUUGUGUCUUUAAAAACAAUACAUCUGGAUUUGAGUACUCUGAACUGUCUUAAGACAACUAGGACUGAGAGAGGAGAGGAGAGGAGAGGAGAGGAGAGGAGAGGAGAGGAGAGGAGAGGAGAGGAGAGGAGA